AUGAUCAUGGAAGGGGACACUUUACCGGGAAGACGUCGUCUACCAAAACUAAUGGCUUGUAUGACACAGAACAGUCUUGAAAAUCUAAGAAAUAGAGCCUUGUUUAGUUUAGACCCAUUAGACGCUAAAGGAAUCCGAAGACGAAAGUUACCUCUACACGAAUGCCUUAUUUUGGAAUUGAGAGAAAGCGGAUAUACUGAAUCCUCGGACUACCUACAGGACCUUAUUUAUGACAAUAUACAGCUUUUGGCGGAGGAUGACAUCGGUGUAGUCGUAGAUCUUAGGAAGAAGGAGAAUUAUCUUGAACAUAUUAGCGCAGGUUUAAUAAAAGCCGAAAAAUAUCGUGACAAAGAAAAUACGAAGAAGGAAUGCUUAGAACUAUUACGCCUCGCAUUAUAUUACUCUGAAAAAGGAAAAGGAAUUUUGUGGCUUGCUGAGAAGUUCUUUUUAGCCUCUAUAGCUGUUUCAAGUCAAUAUUUAAUAGAUGGAGGACGACAGAAAGGUUGUUGUAAAUAUCACUACGCUUGCUUCUUACUUGACAAAUUUCCAGACGCAGAUACCGAAGAACCAUUUGUCAUCCUCACCGAAGUCAGGGAUAGUGCUAUCGGAAAGGACUGGCUUCUCAACGAAUCUGAUGAAGGUGGGCAGGAAGUAUCGUCCGAAACCGUGUUCUCUGCAACUGCAAUACAACUACAUCGAGUACUACUUAGCAAAGCACGGUUAUCACGAGAUGUCGAUCCAGCUAAAUCGGAGAGAUUAUCGCGACUUGCUGAACGUAGAGCCAAAGAUGCAAAAGAUACGCCAAAAAUAGCUGAGGCGAUUAUAGAAAUUGGUGUAAGUCAAUUGAUGAUGAACAACUUGAACAAUGCACAUAAAACAUUUCUAAGGGCGCUUUAUAUUUAUGAACAAAGCGGCGACGUCAAGGGUUUAUGUGAAACGAAAAUGCACUUAGCUGCCGUUAUGCAAAGACUAGGUGAGCACGAAGCGGCGGCUAAAUUACUUACAGAAAUGGGCGCUUUGGCAAUGGAACACGGUCUCCGGAGACAGCUUGGUCGAGCCUUACAUCUUCUAGGAGAGCUGCAUUUGAGACGAGAGAGACCUGAACUUGGCACACAACAUCUCACUGAAGCGUUUCAGUGCUUUAUGGGAUUAAAUUGGCAAAAUCCCAAAGAAAAUCUAGUAAAAAAAGAUAAAGAUACAUCGAGCGAGCUGGAUGUUAUAUACAAAACUGAUACCAUAGAAAUAUAUGAAGAAGAAGCGGAACAAUCUAGACUAAUGAUGGCAAUAUCAGCUGGUCAAGAAUUAAUGGCAUCCUUUUUUAAUUUGAUAAGAGAAUCUGGUAAAUGUUCCAUUGCAAAAUUAAAAAUGAUCGAAUGGAAAUUGUCCCGUUCGGGUUGGUGGGUCACUAAGCAACAUCACGAACUAGUUCCUUGUAUAUGUCCUAUUCAUAAUCGAACACCACUGGAUGUAUUGCAAAUUCAUCUUAAUAAGAAAAAUAUGAUGACAGCUAACUCAGACGCUGAAGCAUUAUUAGGUAGAAUAGAUACUGUUGAAGAUAUAAGAAAACUUCGAAGUAGUAUUUCUUAAUUCUUAUGUUAUAAAUUUGUUCUUUUGUUUAAUAAAAUAAUGCAUAUUUUUUGUUAUUUAUCAUUUAUUGCUUUAUAUUUAUCCUCGUAAUAUACAUGUAAUUGACUAUUUACAACACGUAUUUUAUGUAGACAAUAGACUUACGCUUGACCACAGUCACACCGAAUAGUAAGUAUUAAUGCAGCCUAAUAUGGAUGGUCGCGCUUGCCUAGAUAACAACAUAUAAUUGUUAAAGCAAAACAAAAUAAAACUAUAUAUUUCGGUAGUACCUCCUUCGAUCCCAUGAAUAAAUUCUGCCACCUUCGAUAAGUUAUCAUUCUUAGAAAUUAAAUUAAAAUAAUUUAGUCAGUACUGGUAUCACAUAAUAUUAACUCUAGAUAUUGUAAAAAUGUGCACACAGUUACAAUAAA